AUGACACUAUUCAUUGGGUAUCCGCUUUCACGUGCACAAAAAAGGAAACUUGAACGAAAUGCAGCCAACGCAACUAAAACUUUGCGACCAUUGAAUUCAUUUUUUCAUUAUCGUGGUGAUGUUCAACCGGUACUUCGUAAACAGUAUCCUACUAUGAAUGAACGACUUAUCUCCAAACUGGUCAGCAUAAGUUGGAAAAAAGCUUCGGCUGAAGUUAAACAAAAGUACACGGAGAAAGCAGCUCGGGCAGCAAUUGAGCAUAGAAAACGUCAUCCAGAAUACGUGUUUCGACCAAGGCGAACGAAACCAUUGAAUCCUAAAAGAAUUUCGGUGCGUUUUGGACCAACUUUCAGCGUUAAUUCCUCGACACCAUUAAAAGUUGAAGAUGUUCAAGCGCCAGUAGGUAAUCAAAUCAAUGAUCUAUCAAAGAACAAUUGUGGACGACCAUUUAUGCUAAUUCAAUAUAUUCCACAAGAAAAUGAAAACAAGCUACUUGAAGAAUGCGUUGUCUCGAUUAAUGAUUGUUCUCAAACUACAGUAAAAUUUUCAAAAAUCGAAGACACGAAAAUAUUACUUGAAAAAGAUUCACCAGACUCUACAGAUGUAUUAUCAAAUUACACAAGUGCUACUAACGAUCAAGAAAUAAUGACGGAUCCUUUUGAGCAAGGAAAAUGGAAUCAAAAGGCAGCAGAUGAAAUGAUUAAAUUUCAUCUGACAGGAGAAAUCGAUAAUAAUUUAUUAGAAACUAAUUUCGAUAUUCCUAUUCGUAAUGCAUUUUGA